CCCGUCGCAUCAGCGUCUCCACAGUCCGUAAAACGUUCAGUGGGUAGCUCACCCGAGUAGCCGGAUAUACCUAUAAAUAUAUAUUUUUUUUCAAUCACAACAGUCUCAAGUUGGUGCGAAAGAAACUCGAUCGAAGUGUGUGAUAAGCCAACAACAUCAAUAUGACGUCCCGCUUCGAGAAGGAGCGAGCCAAGCAGAUUCAGGAUAAAUGUCAAGAUCUCCUCACGCAAAUGUUAAGGGAUGAGGACAAUAAGUACUGUGUCGACUGCGAUGCGAAAGGACCAAGAUGGGCAAGCUGGAACCUGGGGAUAUUCCUCUGCAUUCGCUGUGCAGGAAUUCACAGGAAUUUGGGUGUUCACAUCAGCAAAGUCAAAUCUGUGAAUCUAGACACUUGGACACCGGAGCAAGUCGUGAGUCUCCAACAGAUGGGAAAUUCCCGAGCCCGUGCAGUGUACGAGGCAAAUCUCCCCGACACAUUUCGUCGUCCGCAAACAGAUUGCAGCCUCGAGAGUUUCAUUCGUGCCAAGUACGAGCAUAAAAAGUAUAUAGCCCGUGAGUGGGUGCCCCCAACCCUCCCCAAAGUCAACUGGGACAAGGAGCUGGACGACGAAGCGGAGAAGCAACGCAGACGAAAGAAGGAGGGCAGCAAGUCCGGCACCACCCAGAACGCCCUCCCCCCAGUGAAAAAACCGGAAGUGGUGCCCCAACUGCCGAAGCCCCGUAGUUCAGUGAGUCCGAAGGCCUCGAGAGCAAGUAACAAUGGUGGAGCUACCCUGGACCUUCUGGGUCUGGACGGACCGACGAAUCAGACCAGCACAAAUGGCUCUGGCUCUGGUGACGACAUAUUCUCAUCCUUCCUAUCAGCUGUGCCAACAGCAUCACCAUCGCCAACAUCAGCAUCAAAUAAUGGCACGACAGAAACGGCAACAACGACUGCCAGCAAAGCUGAUGAGGAGAGUUUCUUCAAUCAACCAGCACCCAGCACCCAGGAAAAAAGUAAAAUGACUAAAGACAGUAUUCUCGCACUUUAUGGCACACCGAGUCAACAAUCAGUAUUUGGUGUACCCAGUGGUAUUUACAAUCAACAGGCGUUACCCCAGUACACGCAACCGAUACAAAAUGUUGGGAGUUUUGGACAGAUCGUGCCUGGACAAAUGCAAAUGACUGGGAGUCAGAUGAAUGUUAAUGGGAUUGGGCUGGGCAAUUCUCUGGGGGGGAACAUGCAGAUGGGAGCUAUCAAUUCUGGCAUUGCUAUGCAGACUCAGAUGCAGAGUGGUGUGACACCUGUUGGUUCACAGAUGAUCCAGAUGGGGCAGGCUGCUGUGCCCAGCAGUAAUGGGUGGAGUGGAAUGCUCGCGCAGAACAUUCAACCUGCACCUGGGAGCAAUCCUUUCUUCAAUCUGGGGACGCAGGCUCCGGUUAGUAAUGCUUUUGUGACGCAGUUGCCUCAGCAGAUGUCUCAGAUGUCCUUGGGGGGACUCGGGAAGCCACCACCUGCUGCACUUCCCGGCCAAACCUUGUCUAGCAAUUUGUGGCAGUAACGACGUGUCUGACACUGGUAGCUAGAUAUCGAUUACUUUUUAUCCACCUUAUCGCCCUUUCGAUCUUGUCUAGGCGUGUCGAAGGUGAAAGGAAAGGUGUGGAAUCAGCAGUUGUGGUUCGGGUUCAUUGAAAUUGUCAGGUACAUGCUGUCGUGCUCAUGGAAGUCGACUUGAACCGUCUCCACUCAAUCAAAACAUUAUCCUGUAUUGGAUGGAAAUUUACUGUUUAUGCGGGUAAUGAAACAAAUAAAAAAGACACGUUGGAGAUGGAAGUUCCAUAGAAUUGCAAAUUGUAAAAAAAAUAAAAGAAUAUAUUUAGUCGUGAAGUGAUACAAUGUGACAGAACGGAAUAGAAAGAGUAGAUUUUCAGAAUCUUGAUGAAUCCUGAAUUAUCUCAAUAAUGACCGAUCUUAGAGCAAAAUUCAGGGAAACAUUAUUGUUCGGAAUUUAUCCAUUUGUAAAAAUGGCCCUCCGACGUUUUUUCAAGACGAAAAAUAGGGUUUAUCAAUUCACUACUAAAUUGGUCCAAAUCUCAUGCAGAUUAUUUUGUAAAUACGUCUGAAAUUAUGAGGUUUACCAAAAAUUGUUGAAAGAUUUCAUCUGUAGAGUAUGGAAUUCCUCGUGAUAAGAUCUCGGGAUAAUUUUCCUAAAUCUCUUCCUCUCAGAAAUAUUUGCAAUAUACUCUGAAGACUCUGUUUGGAGCUGUUUAAUUUUACUAUUGAACUACUCAAAUUCAUGUUGUAAAGAAAAAUAAUCCGUACGUGGUGAAUAUUUUGUCAGAAAUGAAUAAAGAGAGGAAUGCGAAAGGAAUACACAGUGAUUCAGGGUGUCUACAUUUCCAUAGGAUCAAAAUAAAAAUUACAAAAUUAAUGAAAAGAAUUUAAACUGAUGGAAAAAUAAUGUCACGUUAUGACACUAUCGACAACACAAUCUUCAUUAUAUUUGACAAUUGUAAAUACUAUAAUCUCAUAGAUGACAAUUGCAAUGAAUAUUUUACUACUUGCAAGAGAAAAUAACAAGAAACAAAAUAAUCAUGUGUCAAGAUAAUUCGCCUUAUUGCACGUGAAGAGGAUUUAUCGGCAGUAAUUAUUUUUCCAAUAGCGAAAGUAUUCGAUUUGCUCGAGAUAUUUCGAUUAAGGAUGUCAGGGGUAUCCCAUGGACCGUUCAGGAAAAACUUCGUUCAUUUACUGAUAGAGGACAAUAUGCGAGUAAUUCCUAUCACAAUGUCAAUCUAGCAAGACGAAUGCAAUAUCAUGAAGAUAAACAAGGAAGAUGUAAUGGACGUGCAGUUUCUCAUGAGGUCAUGUGGACGUGAAGAGUCAAAAUAUCUCUCUCAUUAGCCCCGGUACCCCAUUAUUUUUCGCCCUCAUCACGCUCGGUGCAUCAUUCUGCACUGCCCCGCAUUUAUUCUAAUUUUUUUUUUAUCCUCUGAAGGAGUGAAUUGUCCCCUUAAACUCCUAACGUCAUAAGAAUCAGUGGAUGAGCCUCAUUAUUGCUUAUUUAAUUGAUCGAUAACUCUCUGAAUUGACGUGUUGGAAGCGUCACCAAUUUUUGAUGAACGAAAUUUUUUUGUCGAACAUAUUGAAGCUUCGUUCUGGGAGAUACCCAUGACAUCGUUAAUCCCAGAUUUUUCUAUAUCUCAGCUGAACUGAUUCACUCGAAUCACUCAGUGGAGUGAUAGUGGUCUUUGGCGAGUAUUAUGUUAUUCUCAAACAUCGGGGGAAAUUAAUUCCCCUGUGCCCCUCCACGUGCUUCAUUAAUCAAUUGUCGAGUUGGAAUCCGCGCCAUACGCGAAACUCUGGUGACGGCAAUGACAUGAUUUUGUUAUAAUUAUUUUUUUAAUGUCUUGAGCGCUCGAUCUCAAAAACGAUUAAUGCAACAGGAUCAUGCAGAUCGAUGAAAUACGAAGUGAUGAAAUAAGUUAUUCAGUGGAAUUUUCAUUCAUUAACUGAUUAUCUCAGACAUUAGGAACUUCACGAGGAAGAAUAUCGACAGAACAUUUUUUUAGUAGAUGAGAAUAUUUCUCACAAAAAAAUCUUUUGACAUUUUCGUAUAAAUUCACUGAUUACUGAGAUAAUUUGACAUUAACGAUUGGAUUCAAUCAUCAUAAAUUUUGGGUAAUUCGUUAAUUAUCUUAAAAAUUAACAGUUUUACUAAAAGUUGAAGGAUAAAUGUUGAUGGGAUUUCUUUGCAGCACAGAAAUUUGGCUAAAAAAAGGUCUUGACAUUUUCUCGUGAAUUCACUAAUUCCCGAGAUAAUUUAAUAAUCAAUAAAUUAAUCCAAGUAAUUACCUAUUCUCAUACACUCGAAAUCAUGUACCUCGGAAAUUAAUUGGACAGAGAAAAAUGUGAAGAUUCUUUUUGGAGUUUAGAAAAUUUUCUAAAAAAAUAUCAAAUGCCCCGACAUUUUUUCGCGAAUCUAAUCAUUACCGAGGAAAUCUCACGAUUAACUAUUUCAUUCAAGGAAUCAAUUAUUUUCCUCAAUUUCUCAGUCAUCUUGGAAAUGAGCAGUUUUAGGAGAAGAGUGUCAAGAGUACUUUUCAAGCCCAAAAAAUGUUGGAAAAAAAUAUUUCUCAAAAUUUAUUUCCUCUCAUUACCGAAAUAAUUGAGAAAUUGAUAAUUAAUGAGAUGAAUGUUCACUAGAAUGGUUGAAUCACUUCUCCACUCCACGGAAGAAAUUAAUUUUGUAAACCGUCCACUGAAAUUUCUUUCUUGAAACAUACGCAACUCGACAAUAACUCUUGUCCCCCCUGACACGCAUGAAAAUAUUUCCUAAAAAAACCUAGCGAAUAUGGUAGAGAAAUUCGAUUGGAUGUCUAUUGAACUUCUAUUGAGAAUUUUGUUAGUGUUUGACAGAUUGUAAUGAAGAAUUCCACAGGUUUACCGCGCGUGUUCUUGAAAAACCAGUAGAUUCCAUGUUUCUAUACAACUCUAUAGAUAAAUAGAAUGCUAUUGACUUUUUUCUAGAGAACAUUUUCCAUUGAACAUUUCUUAAAAUUUCAUUUGACUAAAAACGCAAAGAGAGUUGGAUUUUUCAAUCCAAUCGUUCAAAAACUUAUAAAAGUUCAAUAGAAAUCCAUUAGAAAUUUCCAACAGAUUCGCUAGAUUUUUCUAUGAAAUUUUUUCGUACGUGGAAUCAUUGACUUAUUGUUCUACCGAUACUGGGACGCCUAAUUGUAAAAAACCGUAAUUAUUGAAGUAUUAUAAUCGGCCUGUUGUUCGUGCCGGAGUUGUGAGGAGAAAUAAAGAUCAAAUUGUUGAUCGAAGAGUACAUAAUUAUUUUCUGUCAAUCGAAACUAGUCUCGACCGUUGCGGCAAUUGAAACUUAUUUUCUCUUCCUCUGUUGAUCCCAAGGCAGUGUCGCAGGAAGUAGAUAGAUCGAAGGUCGUAGGAGACGAUUGAUGGAUGUAGUGGAGUCUGUUGGCUUUAAAUUUUAAUGUUUGAUAAGCCGAGAGGUAUUAGAUGAAUUUAUAUGGGUGAUUGGAACUGUGUGCUUCGGUAGAUGCAUUCGAUGGAGAAAUCAUUGGAGGAAUAGCUCAGGAGGGAAGUGAUGGAGGAAAAUUGAUGAAAUGAAAAAUGUCAUUCUGGUUAUUUUGUUUUUGUUUAAUUUGAAAGGAUUUUUUAAAGGAAGAGGUCUGGGAGAAAAUGUCUCUUGAUGUUUUGUAGAUGCAUUGGUCGACAAAUAAUUGCUUUGAGGUUAAUUAUUGACCAGGUGAGGGAUUUCCAGGGUUAAAUAUCAGAGAUAUUUUUUGUUGUCAGAAAAAUUCUGCACAAAAAAUUUUAUUGACAUUUUAUUCCAUCUUAAAAAUUCACAUCAAGAAUAAUUGUCAAUAGAUUUUUCAUAUUCUACUUUAAUCGUUUUCUACUUAUCAAUUUUUCAACUAUCUCUGGUGUGAGUGCAUCAGAAAAAAUCUCAAAUGCUCAUGUUUCUCUGAAAUAAACGAAAUAACUAGUAUGAAAUUUCUAUUAUCGUCACUUCACUCCAAACUAAUUAAAUAAUUUUAAUAAUCCAAAUAAUUGGAGUUCCCCAUGUUGAGGAUCAUUGUAACUGGAGAAUUUGUUCAGGAGGGAAGUGAUGGAAGAAAAUUAAUGAAAUCAAAAAAUUCAUUCUAGUUAUUUUUUGAAUAUCUUUGGAAAGAAAAGGUCUGGGAGAAAAUGUCUCUUGAGGUUUUGUAGAAGCGUUUGUCGGCGAAUAAUUGAUUUAAUAUUUUAAUUAUUGACCAGAUGAGGGAUUUCCAGGGUACAAUAUCGGAGGUAGUCUUUAUAGGCAACAAAAUUCUGUACAAAAAUUUCUAUUGACAUUUUAUUUCAUUUUGAGAUCAUGCACUUCAAGGACAAAUCUUAAACGCUCAUUUUGCUCCGAAAUAAACGAAAUAACAAGUAUGAAAUUUCUAUUCUUAAUCUUCAUCACUUUACUCCAAACUAAUUGAAUAAUUUAAGAAAUUAAAGUUCCCCCACGGUGGAGGUCAUCGUAACUGGAGAAAUAGUUCUGGAAGGAAGUGAUGGAGGAAAAUUAAUGAAAUUUUUAGUUAUUUUUUGAAUAUCUUUGAAAAGAAGAGGUCUGGAAGAAAAUGUUUCUUGACGUUUUGUAGAAGCAUUUGUCAACGAAUAAUUGAUUUAAUAUGUGAAUUAUUGACCAGAUAGGGGAUUUCCAGGGUAAAAUAUCAAAGAGUUUUUUUGUUGUUAACAAAAUUCUGCACAAAAAAUUCUAUUGACAUUUUAAUUCACCUCAAGAUCAUUCACUUCAAGGACAAUUGUCAAUAAAUUCUUCAUAUUCUGCUUGAAUCGUUUUCUACUUAUCAAUUUUUCAACUAUCUCUGUCAUGAGUGCAUCAGAAAAAAUCUCUAAAUCUCACUUCCCCUGAAAUAAACGAAAUACCCGUAUGAAAUUUUCGAAUGGAUCUCUCAUUCCUAUUCACUUCCCUCCAAACUAAUUGCAUAAUUUACAUAACUGGAGUUCCCCAAUGUCCCGGGUCAUCGAAUAAUUGAAAGUGAACUUAAAUUUUACAGAUGAUUAUUAUACAAUAAAAUCAGUUGAAGUUUUUUUAUCAAUAAUUGAUUGACGAUUAAAUCGUUCCAAAAAUUUAAACUUUAGAUAAAUGAAAUUAUCACGUAAUAACGAUUGUAUUAGUCCUUAGUCGUACGAAAAAGAGGAACUUAAAUACCAUUGGUAAUUGUAGUAAUUGCUAUUGUUACUGUAGCUUGUAAUGCGUCCACGUGUUCUUCAUUUUUACGUAUUAUUAUUAUUUUAUUACUUCUUACAUGUCGGACUGAGAUGAGAAGAGGGAAGCAAUACUAUCAUGCAUAAUACAUUCGUUGGAUGCAAUCGAAUUAAUUUUAUAGGUUUUACUCCUUCAGUGCGGAUUGAUUACGUAAUUUAUAUAUCACCGAGAUAUUGACGUUCAUACUUUUGUGGAUGAUGACGUCUUGAGCCAAUAAAAAUGACUGUAAAUGCGUGCAUGUAUAGGGAGGUAUGAUGAUUACUGAGAUAUAAAAAUAAAUAUUGAGUAAAAAUUUU